AUGUUGAAAAGAAUCGAAGCCAAAGGGAACUUCAGAGACCUGUUGGAGGCUUUCGGGCUCCCCGCCAUCGAGGACUUGGAAAGACUCCGAGCUGUCUCGGUGAAGAUGUGGAGUGAAGAAGCAAAGACCGAGGACGAAGAGGUUCGACAGGUGAUCAGGAAUGCACGGGAUGUGCUCGAUCAGAAGGCUCUCAGCUUGGAAGAAGGCCUCCCAGACCAGCACCGGUCGAUCCUGAAUAUCGCCAGGGGCAUGAACUUGACAUUCAGAAACACGGUGAGGCCGAAGUAUGCCAAAGGAGCCAUCCUGCUGCUCUCGAGGGAAGAUACGCAGAGCUUGUUGCUUCAUAUGGAAAGCUUGGACGACGAGAUCAAACGGUUGAAGAAAGGGCUGAUCGUUUACUCACCUGAGCAUGCAGAACUCGUGAUGGGAUGUUUGCAGUACAUUCGGAAACCCUCGAGAGCUCACAAGCCCAUAUUCCUUCCGGAGACAGUCGUAUUCCAGAGGCCUGCAUCUCUUUCAGAAGGGGACUGUCAAAGUAAUGCCGGGUCAUCCCUGGCCACCAGGCAAACUAGAAGCACUGGGCACUCGCCCCGCACCAGCUGCCACCCUCAGGGAAAGGCUGCGCGCAAGUGUCGGUUCAAGCUCUUCAAUUUCAAGGUUCCCCUCAAAGGCACCUCCCCCGAUUCCGAGUCCGAGGCCUCCGAGUCUGAGGCCUCCGAGGACGGGAAUGCCGAGAUGGAAUCGGUGGUGGCGACGAUCGACGACAGCUUGGCGGGCUUUGACGAGCUCAACUGCGCCUUGGGCUCCAAUUCCGAGUCUGAGGCCGUUAUGGAAUCGGUGGCGACGAUCGACAACCGCUUGGCGGGCGUGGACACACGCCUUAGCUUUGCUUUGCCAGGUAUACUCAUUGUCAGGCUUACGAGCACGAGAAAAAGCACCGUGUUCGCAGAUGAGAUUGUGAAGUUCUUCGUCCGGGUGCUGAAGGAGAUCAGGGUGACAUACAACAAGAAGCGGGACAAAGUCGAGAACUUCGUGAAGUUGGAGAGCGUGGCCGCCAAAAAGGCCAAGCUUCGGCACGAUUUCCGUGUGGCAGCUUCCGAGGCCAUCGGAAAUCUUCAGAUUGCGCCAGUGGUGGACCGGCCAGGUUUCACUUCCGGCGAUGACGAUCAGGUUCGUAUGUCAUUAUGCAGCAACAAAAGCACGGACCAAGUUCAAAAGGCUACGGCCGAGGCUGCGGAGCUGGCCUUCGAAGCCCUGAAAGACCUCCUGAAGACCCAGAUAUUGCCCGAAGUUCGCAAACCCCAACUGCCCAAAGAACUGCGUGAUGUGAGCAGAAAUCAACUCUUGAAGCUUGCAGAAGGGGCAUGGCAGGAGCGCUUUCCCACGCAUGGGGCUACCAGGACCCAGACGCCCAAAGAGCGAUCAAGUUCAAGCCGUGACAGUUUGUCCUGGUGGUUUCCGGAGGAGAACGAAAGGCCUCCGAGAGACCGGAGGCCCAAAACGCGGCUGUCGGUUAUUCCUGAAGUCAAAGAAUACAGGGAUAAAGACAGGUACGAUCCAAGAAACAGGAAGGGUGGCCGAAUGCACCGCAUUACGGAUCCUGGCAGGGACGGAAACAAUCAGCGGUACGGAAACUAUCCAUAA